AUGACGGGCAUCGAGCGCUAUGGAUCGUCGGGCGCGCACACAGUCGAGGGCAACGUCGCUGGUUCCAAGGCCGCAAAGCUGACGAGGCAGCGAGAGAAGCAGCAGCAGGAGUACGAGGCCAAGCGUCAGGAGAUCGAGACGACGAAUCGACGAGGCACGCGCAUUGACGACAACUUCCAGUCGCAUACGGACAACGACGAGAGCGAGUUUAAGCGCCAAACAGUGGGGCUAGUCACCGCGGAAGAGUUUCGGAAAAAGCGGGAGGACCUGCAGAAUCGCAAGAGCGUUUCGGUGGAUGUGCAGCCUGAAAAGCAGCAGACGGAAAGAAAAAAGAAGAAGAAGAAGCGACAUGCAAAGAAGAUGGGUCCGCUGUCGUUUGAUUUGAAUGGCAGUGGCGAUGAAGCGGAGGAUGGGGCUGUGGAGCUGAAACGGAUGAAAAAGAGUAUCAAGAACCCCGACGUGGACACAGACUUUUUGCCGGACAAGGAGCGGGAGAAGGAAGAAGCUCGAGAGCGCCAACGGCUUCGUGCAGAGUGGGAAGCAGAGCAAGAAAUCAUCAAGAAUGAGAACGUUGCAGUGACUUACAGCUACUGGGAUGGUUCUGGCCAUCGUCGGGAAAUCACGGUUCCUAAGAAAACCACGAUCGGCAAAUAUCUGGAGCUUGUCAAGCAGCAGCUGGUGUCCGAGUUUGCAGAGUUGCGCGGUGUCGGUGCGGAGAAUCUGAUCUAUAUCAAAGAGGACCUGAUCAUUCCGCACCACUACUCAUUCUAUGACUUGAUCGUGACGAAAGCGCGCGGAAAGAGCGGGCCACUCUUCUGCUUCGACGUGCACGAUGACGUCCGUCUCGUGCAGGACCGACGUGUCGAGAAAGAUGAGUCGCAUCCUGGCAAAGUAGUGGAUCGUCAUUGGUACGAGAAGAACAAGCAUAUCUUCCCUGCCAGUCGGUGGGAAGUGUACGAUCCGAAUGUUGUCCGCGAGAAGUACACUAUCCGUGGAGAUUAG